AUUUGAUUCUCGUACGCGCAAUUUCAAAAUAGUUCGUAUAAACACCGUUUAUCGUGAUUGAAAAAUCUAUAAUUUAUAAACGUAAUAUUAUUAAAUGUUAACUACAAUGUCUUCUUUUAAUCAAUGAUUACGACGACAUCUUCAUAGCGUCUACCAGUUUUUUGUGUUCAUCAUGGCUUCGACGGAAUCCUUAGUAUGCGAUACACUCGAUCUAAGCGGUCAAGGUUUGAAGAAACUUCCUCGUUGUCCGUCAGAUGCAGAUAUCAGCACAUUGAUCAUUGACGAUAAUGAGCUCCAGCGUCUCGAUAAUCUUGAUUCUUAUCACAGAAUUACUAAGCUAUCAAUAGUAAGGAAUCAAUUACUUCGUAUGUAUGGGGUAUCAAAGUUACAUAAUCUUGUAACUCUUAAUUUAGCAAAUAAUGGUAUCUUGACCAUAGAAGGCAUAAAGGAUAUGAUAAAUUUACAAACACUUUGCUUAGCUGGCAAUAAUAUAAAGUCUAUUGAACACUUGCACACAAAUACUAAGCUGGAACAUUUAGAUUUAUCUGAAAAUAGCAUCAGUCACAUUUCAGACAUAUCUUAUCUACGAAAUUUAAAGGAACUGUUUUUACAUAACAAUCGCAUAAUAACAUUAAGGCAAUGUGAACGCUAUUUACCUACUUCUCUAGAAACAUUUACAUUGUCAAACAAUAACAUUACAGAUUUGAAUGAAAUGUCACAUUUAGCUAAUUUGAAAAAUGUAGUCAAUUUUUCAAUUGCUAAUAAUCCAUGUGUCAGUAUGACAGGUAACAGUAUUGGUUUUGACUAUCGACCUUUUGUUAUCAAUUGGUGUAUGAGCUUGAAAUCAAUUGAUGGCUAUCAUGUUGAUCCUAUUGAAAGUUUAAAAGCAGAGUGGCUAUAUUCUCAGGGACGCGGUAGACAAUUCCGUGUUGGCGAACAUGCAUUACUUGCACAGUAUUUAGCAUCUGUUUGCCCACUUUCUGGUGAAUCCCUAGAAAAUGAAACUGACAGGAAGCUAAGGCUAAUUUUGAGUAAAGCACAACAUCAUCAACAGCAAUUAAAUCAACAAAGUGAUACUGGAAGCGUGCACAGCUUAAGUAGCGUCGGAAUGAGUCCUUCUCCAGCUACUAGGCGUAGACUUAGUCAUAACAGGACAGGUUCUCCUAGACGUACCAUUGCGCCAAUGUUGACAUACUAUGAAGAUAAAUGCUUACAGUCACCAAAAUUUUAUGAAGCAAAGUACUGUGUGUGCCAUUCGCCUUGUAAAGGUUCAUCAAGAAAUUCAUUGAGAAUGAGGUCACCUGAUAGAAUGGUAUCUAGUUGUCACACCGAUGCUAUAGUUUCUUCAUGCCAUACUUUAUUAAGUGAAGAUCAGGAAUCAUUGAUGACUCAGAGUUUAGAUCCAAAUAUGCUUUGUGGUACUUUAGCUAACAAGACUCCAAAUAUGGUUGUUUUGCAAGAUACAGAAGAAACAUCUAGUCCUCUGCAAGCUGCAACAAAAUUAGUGCCAGUUCCUGAGUCUUUAAUGAGUCCAGAUUUUCGUCCACCAUCUGGUCUUUCUCGAGUGUUAGCAAAAACUCCACCAAGCAAAUUAACAUCACCUUGUCAAAUUACAAUGCCAAGCAAGCUCAUUUCUGAUGGAGAUGGCAAGGCUAUUCCUAUAAUAAAUACAGUAAAUCCAAUGGCUAAAACAAAUCUUACUUCUAUAAAAGCGAAUGCACUUGUAAAAAGUAGUUCAGCAACAAAUUGUGCUGUUGGAAAACCAAAUAUUGCUAAGCCUAUUAUUACAAAUACUAGUACUAAAUGUCCCCAUAGUGUGAAAAUCAAUAAUUACGUUCAAAGCAAAACAUUGCCUGCAAAACGAAAUACAAAAAAUUCACCAAACUUAGGCAGAAAUAUACCAAGGCCAAAGAGUGCUAAUGAUAAAAUUAAAACUAGUGUCAUUAAAAGCAAUGGAGAUGGCGAUGCAGAUAAUGCUACUCAAAGUAGUGAUGAAGAUAGUGAAGUAUGUCAAGCGAAAUUAGAUAGCAUUCGACAUAGAGCUAUUCAAAGAAGACAGGAAGAUAAUAAAGACCAAGAUGAAGCUGAGAAAGCAGCAAUAUGUAUUCAAAGGAUGUGGAGAGGAUAUCAUACUAGGAAUCUUAAUAAAAAAGCAACCACUAUAUUGAAGACUAUUGAAAUGAUAAGGACGAAUAAAUAUAUCCAGAAACUCUCUACUGAUAUGGAAGCUACUCGAACUGCGUUAGAAAGUGAACAUAAAUUACAGUUAUUACAAAUGCAAGCAAUUAAUGCAUUGUGGAAGAAAGUUGUUAGUCUUCAACCUACUGCUAAUCGAGAUUCUACGAACACUGAUAACGAAAAUAUUGCACAAAAUGUAGACGUUGUAACUAAUCUAGCACAAACAUGUAAUUUGUUGCAUACUCAGGUUCAACAAUUACAAGAUUCUAUGUCAGAAAUAAAACGAUGCAUGUCGAAUAUGCAAACAAAAGCCAAUCUUAUUGAUAACGGUGUUGCAACACAAACGGAAAUAUCGGCAGUUCAUACCCCAGCGGGCGAAGAAAAUAUGUUUCCUUAUGCACGACCACAUAGACCACAAACUUUGCCAAUUCAUCAAACGAUUCAUGAAGGGAAUGAGAAUAAAAGUUUUGCAUCUAAUUUAAUUGAUAAUGUGUUAAAAAAAGUAUCUCAGUCUACUGAUACGACAGAUGAUGAAGUUAAUACUGACAUCUUAAACUCUAAUGAAAAUCCCGAAUUAUUAAACUCAACUGAACAUCCUGACAUGUUUAAAAGUUGUGAGGAGAUUAUAGAACCUGAUUUCAAGGACGUAGUGGAACAUGAUGUAAAACAUGAAUAUGACGUAAUUGAUAAUGCUGUUAUAAACGGUGAAGUUUGUGAAGAAACACUAUGUAAAGAGUUACACAAUUUUAUUGAAACAGAAAUUACAACAGGAAAUUGUGCAAAUUUGGAAACGGAAAACAAUUCAGAAGAAAUUGAAAAGGAAUAACUUUAAUCUGAGGAGACAUAGAAUAAGCAAAAAUAAAAUGAAGGUGCAAAGUUGAAAGACUUGAACAAAAAUAGGAAGAAACAGAUGUGAAUUUCAAUAGAUAGUCUAACUCAUGAAUGGAAUUAAUACAUUUUUAACUAAAAAUACUCACUGUACAUAGGUUCAGAGACUAGUCUUAAUUAUAUUCAGGUAACAAAAUUGAAUACUUUUAAUUUCAUUAUGUCUCUAACAUUUUAAAAUUAAAUCCAUCACAAUUCAAAGAAUUAUCACGAAAUACAUUUAAAAAAAAGAAAGUAUCAAAAACAAUUUUAAAUAAUCAUGUCAUUAAGUUGAUUCAUUAUAUGAUGUGCAUCGUGAUCAUUGAAGCAAUUUUGAAAUUUUUCCGUCCACAUAUCUGGCUUUUAAAAAGUUCACCAAUGUACAAAGUGUGUAUUAAGAAUGUUAAAUGUCUCACAAAAAGCUUUGCUCCUUCUUUAAAAGAUCAUCAUAGAAAUAUUACUGUACAGGAAAAACAAUGCAUUCAAUGUCACGAAGUCCAAAGUUAUUUGUCAAUUCUCAGAUUGAAGUAUUUAUAAGAAUACAAGAGAGAAUUUUGAUAUAUAAGUGCAUUCCUUAUUAACAGCAGAACAUUUUUUAAGUUUUGUUAAAAAAUUUCUUGGAUAAUGUUACCUAGAUAGCUAUUAUUUUUAUGCAUUUAUUUUUUUAUUUAUUUAUCUAUUUAUUAAAAAUUAUGAACCCUAGAAAAAAUUAAUAUUACUGCAAAAUGUAGGUAAUAAUGAAAACAUUUUUAAUCUAGUCAUUGCAAAAGCUCCUGCAUAUAAUUACUGUAGAUAUUAACUAAAACUUGUUACAUAGGUAUACAGUGUUAUUAAAACAAAUAAGAUCUUUCAACGAAAACAAGUACUUGUUAAAAGGCGUGAGUUUUUGUUUAUGACAAAGAGCGCUGUAAUAAUUCUUUUAAAUGUGUGUAUAUUGCUUGAGUUUUAUUAUUAAAAACAUUUAAAUACAAUAAAUCGCUGCUACUAUAAGAAUAUCAUUACAAUGAAAGAAACUAUAUGUGAGCUCCUAUUAAAACUAUAUCUUAUAUUUAUUUUGUGUGACAUACGUCCGCUAGGUGUCACGUACAUAAGACACUUUAAUGCUCAGAAUUGUUAAGAACUUAAUAUCAAUGUUAAAUAAAUAAGUCAUAUACAUUGAA